CCUUAAUGUUUUGUACACAGUAAAAAUUAUUCAACAUGUCACCUGACCUGGGAUUUGAACUCACAACCUCAUUGUUCACAGCAUCCAGAUCUUCCUGCUACGCCACCAUGUCUGUGUCAGUUAUCCGUUCAUUUGACUAUUCUCUCAUCAUUGAUUUGAUUUACACUACCGGUCAAAAGUUUUAGAACGCCUACUCAUUCAAGGGUUUUUCUUAAUUUUUUACUUUUUUCCUAUAUUUAGAAUAAUAGUGAAGACAUAAAAACUAUGUAAUAACACGUAUGGAAUCAUGUAGUAACCAAAAAUGUGUUAAACAAAUCAAAAUAUAUCUUAUAUUUCAGAUUCUUCAAAAAGCCACCCUUUGCCUUGGUGACAGCUUUGCACACGCCUGGCAUUCUUUCAACCAGCUUCACCUGGAAUGCUUUCCAACAGUCUUGAAGGAGUUCCCACAUAUGCUGAGCACUUGUUGGCUGCUUUUCCUUCACUCCUUGACUUGGGGUGUCAGGUAGCCUAGUGGUUAGAGUGUUGGGUCAAUAACUGAAAGGUUGCUGGAUUGAAUCCCUGAGCUGACAAGGUACAAAUCUGUUGUUCUGCUCCUGAAUAAGGCAGUUUAACCACUGUUCCCCAGUAGGCUGUCAUUGUGAACAAGAAUUUGUUCUUAACUGACUUGCCUAGUUUAAAAAAAUGUUUUAUCUCAAUUUGGUUGAGGUCGGGGGAUUGUGAAGGCCAGGUCAUCUGAUGCAGCACUCCACCACUCUCCUUCUUGGUAAAAUAGCCCUUACACAGCCUGGAGGUGUGUUGGGUCAUUGUCUUGUUGAAAAACAAAAGUCCACUAAUUCCAAACCAGAUGGGAUGGUGUAUCGCUGCAGGAGGCUGUGGUAGCCUUGAAUUCUAAAUAAAUCACAGACAGUGUCACCAGCAAAGCACCCCCACACCAUAACACCUCCAGGCUGAUAGUUCCACUAAUUCCAAACCUGAUGGGAUGACGUAUCGCCGCAGGAGGCUGUGGUAGCCUUGAAUUGCUUUACGGUGGGAAAUACACAUGCGGAGAUUAUCCGUUCACCCUCACCGUGUCUCACAAAAUUGCGGCGGUUGGAUCCAAAAAUCUCAAAUUUGGACAAAAAAAAAUCUAAUUUGGACUCCAUUUGGUGUCCUUUAGUAGUGGUUUCUUUGCAGCAAUAAGACCACGAAGGCCUGAUUCACACAGUCUCCUCUGAACAGUUGAUGUUGAGAUGUGUCUGUUACUUGAACUCUGUGAAGCAUUUAUUUGGGCUGCAAUUUUUGAGGCUGGUAACUCUAAUGAACUUAUCCUCUGCAGCAGAGGUAACUCUGGGUCUUCCAUUCCUGUGGCGGUCCUGAUGAGAGCCAGUUUCAUCAUAGCACUUGAUGGUUUUUGCGAUUGCACUUUGCAUGUUCCGGAUUGACUGACCUUCAUGUCUUAAAGUAAUGAUGGACUGUCAUUUCUCUUUGCUUAUUUGAGCUGUUCUUGCCAUAAUAAGGACAUGGUCUUUUACCAAAUAGGGCUAUCUUCUGGCGAGUCACCCUCCUCACACAUCCUUAGCCAUAUUUGGUAAUGUCAUUAUUUGGCAACAGUUACAACAUACUUAAUUGAUCUAAUUAAAAUGGGUUUUAGUAUCAGAAACUCCAGGUCGGGUGAACAGGAGCUCGAGAUGUUUUCAAUUUCGGUACACCAUGAAUUGUUGAUGAGGAAACAUACCUCUCCCCCUACUCUUAUCAGAAGCCGUCGUUCGAUCCAUAUGGGAAAUGCAUGCUCAUCAUGUUGACAGUCAUGUCCAACUGUGCCUUUAUGACGAUGAGUGACCCUCCGGCAUGGAGUAAAACUGAAUAUGUUUUCACUGGUAUCUAUACCGUUGAGGCAACAAUUAAAGUGUUGUCCAGUGGCUUCUGUGUUGGAGAUUUCACAUACUUUCGAGAUCCAUGGAACUGGCCGGAUUUCAUUUUGAUCAGCAUGACGUACCUCACAGAGUUUGUUGACCUGGGCAACGUGUCUGUCUUCAGGAUGUUCCGUGUACUCCGAGCCCUUAAAUUAAUCACUGUAAUUCCCGGUCUGAAGACCAUUGUGGGCACUCUGAUCAUGUCAGUGAAGAAGCUGGCUGAUGUGAUGAUCCUAACAGUGUGCUGCCUGGCUGUGUUCGCUAUGAUCGGCCUGCAAAUGUUCAUGGGAACCCUGAAGCAGAAGUGUGUUCACUGGCCCCCUGGUGAAUGGCAUUUCAACUCCACCUACAUGGGCAACAUCGCUAUGGCUAAUGGUUUUAAUGACGUUAUGGGCUACAAUGGCGCAAGCACCGGCAACAGCACCUGGGACUUCAAGGCAUACAUCAACGAUAAAGCGAACCAUUACUUCCUUCCUGGAAUGUUAGACCCUCUUCUUUGUGGAAACGCUUCUGAUGCUGGAAUAUGUCCUGAAGGAUACACGUGUAUGAAGGCCGGAGGGAAUCCCAACUAUGGAUACACAAGCUACGACAGUUUUGGAUGGGCCUACCUUGCCCUAAUUCAGCUCAUGACACUGGACUUCUGGGAAAAUCUACUCCAGUUGACUCUUCGCUCAGCCGGGAAAACCUACAUGAUUUUCUUUGUGGUGGUGAUCUUCCUGUGCUCGUUCUACCUGAUCAACCUGAUCCUAGCUGUGGUGGCCAUAGCGCAUGCUGAGCAGAACGAGGCCACCAUGGCCGAGGCCAAGGAGAAGGAGGAGGAGUACGCCAUGAUCAUGGUGCAGCUGAAGAGGGCCAGUGUACCCAAGGGGAGUAAGGACCAGCUGGAAGGAGCAGGCCUUCAGAAGAAGACACCCAGUGUCUACAGCCAAGAUGCCAUGGACGAUUUGGAGGAGGAACUGAGGCCUUGUCCGCCUUGCUGGUACAAGUGUUCAGACGUCUUCCUGAAAUGGAACUGCUGUGUGCCCUGGGUGACUUUCAAGAAGUGGAUGUACUUCAUAGUGAUGGACCCAUUCAUGGACUUGUUCAUCACCAUCUGCACUGUACUCAACAUCAUGUUCUUGGCCAUGGAGCACUACCCCAUGACACCACAGUUUGAAGAAGUGCUGAGUGUGGGGAACUUGGUCUUCACGGGAAUCUUCACAGCAGAGAUGGUGCUGAAGCUCAUCGCCAUGGAUCCGUACUACUACUUCCAGGUCGGGGGGAACAUCUUCGACAGCAUCAUUGUGACAAUCAGCCUGAUGGAGCUGUGGCUGGCCGACGUCGAGGGUCUUUACGUGCUUCGCUCCUUCCGUCUGAUGCGUGUUUUCAAGCUGACCAAAUCCUGGCCCACACUCAACAUGACAAUCAAGAUCAUCGGUAAUUCAGUGGGCACCCUGGUUAACAUCACUCUGGUCCUGGCCAUCAUCGUCUUCAUGUUUGCCGUGGGGGGCAUGCAGCUCUUCGGCAAGAGCUACAAAGAGUGUGUCUGCAAGAUCUCCUUGGACUGCGAGCUGCCCCGCUGGCACAUGAAUGACUUCUUCCACUCUUUUCUCAUCAUCUUCCGGGUGCUGUGCGGAGAGUGGAUCGAGACCAUGUGGGAUUGCAUGGAGGUGGCCGGACAGGGCGUUAGCCUCGUCUUCUUCAUGACGGUCAUGGUCAUCUGUAAACUAGUGGUGUUGAACGUCUUCUUGACCUUUCUGCUGAGCUCGUUCAGCCAUUACAACCUGGCGGCUCCAGAGGAGGACGGGGAGAUAACCAACCUGCAGAUCGCCACCAGCAGGAUCACCAGGGGCAUCGACUGGGCCAAGGCAUACGUCAUCAAACAGUUCUGCAUUAUCAUAGGCAACCAGCCUAAGGAGGAUGGAGAACGGGCUGACGGUAAUGGGGGUAGUAAUGGGGAUUUGGACGACUUCCCAAAGGACAGGUUGGCUUUGAAAAAUGUUUAUUCCAGUGACAACCCAAAGGCUGAUUUGGAGCUCAAAAUCCUGGACGAUGUUAAUCCAAGUGGAUUUCUUACAAAUGCGAAUUUGACCCUGGAUGUACCUUUUGCCAAAAUCGAGUCUGAUGAUGAUGAGGAUGACGGCUCUGAAGAGAAAGGAGAAGGCGCAAAUGAGGAUGCUGAAGAGGAUACUGAGCUAAGGAAAUCUAUUGCACAGGACAAUGCCUCUUUGAUCUGCAGGACAGCGGACAAUCCCCCUGAAGUGGAGAAAGAAGAGGCAAACCCCACCAGCCCUGAGAACUGCUGGACUGAGAAAUGCAUUGGACGAUGCCCUUGCCUUGAUUUUGACAUCACCACGGGCCAAGGAAAAACUUGGUGGAACUUCAGGAAGACAUGCUUCCUCAUUGUGGAGCACAACUACUUUCAGUCCUUUAUCAUCUUCAUGAUCCUGAUGAGUAGUGGAGCUUUGGCUUUUGAAGACAUACACAUUGAACAGCGCAGGACCAUAAAAGUCAUCCUGGAAUAUGCUGAUCAAUUCUUCACCUACGUGUUCAUUAUUGAGAUGCUCUUGAAGUGGGUGGCUUACGGAUUCCAGGCCUACUUCACAAACGCAUGGUGCUGGCUGGACUUCCUCAUUGUGGAUGUGUCUAUGAUUAGUUUAACGGCUAACUUUCUGGGCUACGCUGAACUUGGGCCAAUCAAAUCUCUUCGAAAGUUACGGGCUUUGCGGCCCCUCCGCGCCCUGUCCAGAUUUGAGGGAAUGAGGGUGGUGGUGAACGCUCUGGUGGGGGCCAUUCCUUCCAUCGGCAACGUGCUUCUAGUGUGCGCCACCUUCUGGCUCAUCUUCAGCAUCAUUGGAGUCAACCUGUUUGCUGGGAAGUACUACUACUGCUUCAACACCACGUCUGAGGAGCUGUUCUCUGCUGAAGUUGUGAACAACAAGACCGAAUGCAUCCAACUAAUAGAGGAUAAUAACGACGUGCGCUGGAUGAACUCAAAGAUCAACUUUGACAACGUGGCCGUGGGCUACCUUUCCCUCCUGCAAGUAGCAACAUUUAAAGGAUGGCUGGAUAUAAUGUAUAGCGCUGUGGAUUCACGUGUGGUGGGAGAGCAACCCAUGUAUGAGGGUAAUGUUUACAUGUACAUCUACUUUGUCAUGUUCGUCAUCUUUGGGUCCUUCUUCACCCUGAAUCUCUUCAUUGGUGUCAUAAUCGACAACUUCAACCAACAAAAAAAGAAGUUUGGAGGGAGAAAUAUUUUCAUGACAGAGGAACAGAAUAAGUACUGCAAUGCCAUGAAAAAGCUUGGUUCCGAGAAGCUACAGAAACCCAUUCCGAGACCCAAGAACAAAUUCGCAGGCAUUAUUUAUGACCUGAUCACCCAACAAUUCUUCGAGAUCUUCAUUUUUGUGCUGAUCUGCCUCAGCAUGGUAACGAUGAUGGUGGACACAGAUGACCAGAGCGAGGAGAAGGAUAAAAUCCUCUUCUUCAUCAACCUGAUGUUUAUCUUCAUCUUCAUCGCAGAGUGUAUCCUCAAGUUGAUCGGACUGCGGCAAUAUUAUUUUACCGUCGGAUGGAAUAUUUUAGAUUUUGUCGUCGUCAUUCUCUCCAUCCUUGGUUUACUGCUGGCAGACCUCACAGAGAAGUAUUUUAUCUCACCUAACCUUUUCCGUGUCAUAAGACUGGCCAGGAUUGGUCGAGUUCUGAGACUUAUCCGAGGGGCUAAAGGCAUCCGGACACUGUUGUUUGCCCUGAGGAUGUCACUUCCAGCUAUCUUCAACAUUGGGCUCCUGCUCUUUCUCGUCAUGUUUAUCUUCUCCAUUAUUGGAAUGUCCAACUUUGCGUAUGUCAAGAAGGAGGCCGGAAUAGACGAUAUGAUCAAUUUUGAAACAUUUGGCAACAGUAUCAUUUGUCUGUUCGUGAUCACAACCACAGCCGGUUGGGAUAGUGUCCUCACACCCAUGCUGAAUAGUGCACCUCCGGACUGUGACCCAGACAUGGAAAAUCCAGGCACAGAUGUAAGAGGCAACUGCAACAGCUUUGGUUGGGGAAUUUGUUUUAUCUGCAGCUACAUCAUCGUGUGUUUCUUUCUUGUGGUCAACAUGUACAUUGCCAUUAUCCUUGAGAACUUCAAUGUUGCCAUAGAGGAGAGCGGCAACCCGCUGUGUGAGGAAGACUUUGAGAUGUUCUAUGAGACCUGGGAGAAGUUCGACCCUGACGCGUCACAAUUCAUCGCCUACGACAUUUUGUCGGAGUUCUGUGACACGCUUAAAGACCCGCUCAGGAUCCCCAAACCCAACGCAAUCAAGCUGAUCACCAUGGACCUUCCCAUUGUCCCUGGGGAUAAGAUCCACUGUCUGGACAUCCUGCUGGCGCUGACCACAGAGGUGCUGGGAGAAUCAGGGGAGAUGGAUGCCAUGAAGGAGAGCAUGGAGGAGAAGUUCAUGGCCAACAACCCCUUUAAAGUGUCAUACAAGCCAAUCACCACCACCCUGAUGCGAAAGCAGGAGGAGGUAGCAGCUGUUGUUAUUCAGAGAGCCUGUCGUAAGCAUCUCCUGAGAAGUUCGAUGAAACUCGCUUCCUACAAGUACCACGAGAAGAAAGAGUUAACCAAGGAGGACGAAGCGCCGCCAGACCAGGAGGGAAUGAUUGCCAUCAAGAUGAGCAAACUGUACGGAAGCCAACACUCACUCGGAGUGGAUGAAACCGUUGUAGAUAUGGAUUCUUAUGUAAAUCGGGAGAGAAAAGAACUGACAGAGACACAACCGCCUGUGGAGACGACUGAAACGCCGCUGCCUGUGGAGCUUCAGAACGAGAUCAUCUCGCACUCUGCCCCCUUUGUCAUCCCGGCCUCAACCCAUAACUCACAGCUGAAAGAGUUCCAUGUUUGAAUAGCUAGUGCAGCCAAUGGAUAAACACCGCAUCAGCAUGGUCUUCUGCCUUUGACGAUGAGACCGCUUCUUCAUCUCCAAAGUCUAACUUUGGUAUGUUUGGCUUGGGUCAGAGUCUGAGUUUCUUGCUAACUAAGUCUUUGAGGGACACGUCGAGCCCACCCCACUGAAUCCAAGAGAUUGCAUAGAGAUGAUGAUAUAACGAAUAUAGCAGUCAAUGUUAAUUGAUGUUGAUGAUAACCUGGAAUGUAUUGACUGAGAAAUCAUAGCUAUUGUUGGCAAGACAAUCACCAAAGCCUGAGUUGAAAGUUUGGGCCCUUUUAUGGAUGCAAGCCCAGUUGUGGUAGCAUACCCCCUUGUAAUAUAUAGUUGAGAUCAACUGAGAAUUAAAUAACCUAAGAGAUAGGUAGCAAUGUAUAAGAUAAUAAUAAGCGAAUUAAACUCCAUCUCACAAGUGAGUAGAAACCUGACUCCUAUGGUUUUACUCUUAACACAAAAACAUACCUUUCAGUACCCUGAAAGUAAUUUAAUAAAUAUGUUCAUUUUCGUAUUUUUUAUACCAUUUUUAUUCAGCUGUUCGUUGGGUUGGCAGGUAGCCUAGUGGUUAGAGCAUUGAGCCAGUAACUGAAAGAUUGCUAGAUUGAAUCCCCGAGCUGACAAGGUACAAAUAUGUCGUUCUGCCCCUGAACAAGACAGUUAAACCACUGUUCCCCAGUAGGUUGUCAUUGUAAGUAAGAAUUUGUUCUUAACUGACUUGCCUAGUUAAAUAAAUACAAAUAUUCUACUGCACUUGCAGUAUUAAUUUGGGAAAAAAAGGCAAGCAAUAUUCUCAUCUGUAUCUUCAAAGUUUAAAUAUGACUCCAAAAACAGGAUUCUCAAGAAGUAUUAUAGUUUUUUCAUAUGGAAUCUGACUUUUGGUACAUGUCCCAUUUUAAUCAAAUCAAAUCAAAUGUAUUUAUAUAGCCCUUCUUACAUCAGCUGAUAUCUCAAAGUGCUGUACAGAAACCCAGCCUAAAACCCCAAACAGCAAGCAAUGCAGGUGUAGAAGCACGGUGGCUAGGAAAAACUCCCUAGAAAGGCCAAAACUUAGGAAGAAACCUAGAGAGGAACCAGGCUAUGAGGGGUGGCCAGUCCUCUUCUGGCUGUGCCGGGUGGAGAUUAUAACAGAACAUGGCCAAGAUGUUCAAAUGUUCAUAAAUGACCAGCAUGGUCAAAUAAUAAUCAUCACAGUAGUUGUCGAAGACAUGAAUAACAAUUAUUUUUAGCUAGCAAAUAUAGCUAGCACGCAUAACUUAACCAAGCUAACGAAAAUACACAUGCUCAGGUAGAUUCUGUCAAAGUUACGUCAUUUUACGAAGUAACUAGCUAGCUACAGUUAAUAGUUAAAUUAGCUAGCUAAUGAUUGUAGCUGGCUAACGUUAUAUCUGUCACUGACUUAGUCCUUACUAAAACUUUUAUGAAUAAACUUUUAUGACUUCCCUAUAAUUUUCCAAAUAGCAGUACAAGAACGUCAAAUAAAAAUGUUAAAUAUAUUUUUUAUUGAAUACAAUUGUAUUUUGAAGUUAUUAUUUGUCUGGAGUUUGGUUUGACGUGUUUGGCCAACACUUUUGUGUGUUCAUUUUAAGGUAUUAAAUCAAAUACUAACACUGGGAUUUAGAGUAUAUACAAAGUAUUUUAUCGACGACACACACCUAUCCCGUAGAAGUUGACUAAUUCUGCUGAAUAACAAUUAAUUUGUACAAUUUUUAUAAGGUCAGUUCUCUUUUAUUGUCAAAUUUCUUAAUUUUCUGUUUCCUUUGAUUUGAUUUUUAAGGAAAAUAACUUUCCUUUUUAGUUUUUCUCAUUGUAGUAACACAAGUAACCUACUGUAGUAACACAAGUACUACUAACAGUGUUCGGUUUUUAAUCUGCAAUUAUUUGUGCUAUUAAGCAGUAUGAUAAAAUAGAAAUUAAUAAUGACAUAUUUCACAUAUUUGACAUAUUUUCAGCAUGACAUACAUGCUGAAAAUGUACUGGUCCGUUUAUUGGAACAUGAGGCUUGUAACACCAGAGUUGUUUUUGAUUAUUUUCACAAGGGGCACUCACUAUAUGUGUUAACUGAGUCACUUUGGAUAAAAGCUUCAGCUAAAAUGACCUUACAAGUCUUAACACAGAAAUGUCUUAAUCGUGGGAAUACAGUAGGAAAGCACGUUGAAAGCGUUGUUUGUACUGGAGAAUGAAGCCUUGUCAGGAACGCAGUUUAUUCAUAAAAAAAAGUGUGAUGUUAACGACUUUUUAAUUAUACUUAAAUAUCAAUCUCACCUAAAUGUGUGUACAGUAUCGUACACAAUCUCUGUCUGGAGAGGCACAUUUUACAAUUGAUACUAAUACACUCCGAUAAGCACAAUCAAGCACACUGCGAUUUCUUUGGAAACUUGUAUGAGAAACGCGUGGAUUAAUUACACAUGCAUGGAACCACCUUGAAACAAUGCGUGGAGGACAACUUAGAUAACAUAAGUACAUGUUCUAUUUAUUUCAGGGAUUCAAUCAUUCUAACCAGUUUUUACUUCAUUUGAAUUAAGGACAAAUACUAAGCUAGCAACUGCAUAUUUUUGUACAAGAGCUUCCAUGUUUGUUAAACCAAGUGUGCCUAUUUGUAAGUGGUACCUACAACAGCAGUUCCCUCCAAAGGGAGACUGAUUUGCCUGUAAAUCAUGUUCUACGCACUGUGUGAACAUUCAAGCAGAGGACCUUGGAAUUGUGAAAUGCAAAUAGCAUUUCAUGUCAUGCACCAUUGUUUACAAAAACGAAUACCGUGUGAAAGUGAUGGAGAAGGCCGGUUAUAUUGCAUUUUUUUACUGAGGCUGAAUGCGUGAUGUCAGCGUGGCCUGUAAACAUUGUAUGUUCACUGCUCAACUGUGGAGGAUUUUGGAGAUUGUAUUACUUUGUAUUAUGGAUAUGAAGAGCGUUUCAUUCAUGUAAUGAUAGACUAUACAUGCAUAAAUACACCGCAGUACAUAUUAUGCUGUAAAAUUUGACUUUCUAACAAUUCUAAUACAUUUCUAAUAAAAAAAUAAAGAUGUGUUUGGGUGCUCUGCCA